UGGCGGCGGCCGUUAACGCAGGGUCUCGCUUUUAACUCCAUUGCUCUACUUCUCCCGUGCAAAAUGUGAAAGGAGAAACGGCUGGUGGAGGGGGUCCUAGGCAAUGAAUCGGCGAAGAAAACAUGGGGACAGCCCUGGUCUGAUGAACACGCCGCCCAAAGCGGCGGCGGCUGACGAAUGCACCUCGGUGGUGGAGCCAGGGAAGAGGCGGCUUAGGUCGGCCCGCAGAUCGGGGCUCCGCGGGGUCAGAGACGGGUCUCCCGGGCCCAUGCCGCAGCAAGAGCAGCCUCCAGCAGCCGCUUCGUGCAGUAAAAGUAACCCCGAGGAAAGGUAUGAAACACCAAAGAGAGUGCUGAAAAUGGAUUUAUUGUCAUCUACCUUCAGUUCUCCUAAUGAUCCAGAUGGACAGACUGAUAUCUUUUGGGAUCAAAAUUCUCCGAUGACAAAACAGUUAGGUAAAGGAAGAAGAAAACAGAUUUACACCACAGAUAGUGAUGAGAUCUCACAUAUUGUUAAUCGAAUUGCUCCUCAGGUUGAAAAACCAACAACAGACUCCAUGCUGGGUGUAUGGAUUGGUGCAACUGCUAUUCCUUGUACUCCUACUGUAGCAAAGGGAAAAUCAAGAGCAAAAAGCUGCACAAAGUUUAAAACACAAACUCGAGAGGAAGAACUUAUGAAAUUGGCUAAGCAAUUUGAUAAAAAUAUGGAAGAGCUAGAUGUGACUCAAGAGCAAAACAAGAGAAAUCAUGAUUUUAUCUACAUGAUUUCAGAAGCAGAGACUUUAAAUAAUUAUAAAGAUAAUGUGCAGAUGCAGUUAUUACUUGACGUAGUUCCCGAAGUAGAUAAUGUUAUAAUGAAGAAGUCAAUGAAAGAAAACACCAUGGUAUCUGUGGUAAAUGAUCAAAAUAGCAGUCAGAAGUCAUUUGACCAAAAUGUUGAAGUAGCCCUUAAUGCCAUUUUUGAUGGUUCUACUCAGAAAUGUAGCGGACAGUUAAGCCAAGAUCUGUCAGAUGCUUUUUGUAACACGAUUAAUACUACCUUUGGAAAGAGAAGUGCUUUGAAAGAGGAGAAAAUCAUUACUAAUGAAACUCUGGACACUGAAAAACUGCCAAAUAAACCUCCAGCAUCACUUUCUCGUCAAGUUGAUAAUUCUGGAAUGACAAAAUCAUAUGUGACUUCCUGUACCAAGGAGCCAGAAGCUUUUAAUAAGCACAUAGAUGCAUUUACUACUGGUGAUUUUGAGGAUGAUUGGGAAAACUUACUAAGUAAUGAACCUUUUGUUAUGCAAAAUGUAGAAAUGUCUGAACCUCUCCCUGUUCCUAAAACAGCCCAGAUGACUGAUCAAAAGGGAAUUUGUACCCUUAACGGUAAAAACGAUCAAGGUAACUCACGAACAAAUAUAAGUCUAGAUGUUAGGUUAAGAGAUUCAAAAAUUUUACAAGAUCGUUCUUCAAAGACACAUAACAGUGAAUUAAUAGAUGCUGGAAAAUACAGAUUUUCACCAAAUUCAAAUGGUAAACCAAACAAAUUACCAUCCAUUGGAAAUAAAAUGAAAUUUGAGAACUCUUUCAGUAAACUCAUUCAAGACAAAACUCAAGAUUAUGCCGUUGCAUCUAAUCUGACAGAACUAAAGGAAGACAUUCAUACUAAAUUUAUUUUUAAUGUAAAUGCUUCUGGAGAAAAGUCUCCUUUGAACACAGGAUAUUCCAAUGAACAAAAAAAUAAAUCUAUUUUUAAUCAGCCUUUUAAAACGUCUGCUAAUACAGUUUCUUUUGGCUCUGCUGCUUUGGACAAUGCAAAUCAGACUAAUGCAUCAAAGUUAGAUUCUUUCUCUGAUGAUUGGAGUGACCCAUCAUUUGCCAGUGAAAUUGUUAAAGCGUGUCAUCAAUUAGAGAAUACCUGGGAAGCAGAUGAUGUAGAUGAUGAUUUAUUAUACCAAGCAUGUGAUGAUAUUGAAAGACUAACUCAGCAACAAGACAUUAGAAAGGACAGCAAGACAUCAGAAAGUAUACUUGAGAUUAAUAAUAAUUCCAAACAUGGAGCCAAAAACAUGUUCACUAAAUCUGAACAAAGAAGUCAGUUGGUGCAAUCAACACAUUUGAAUCUGAGCAAUAUUUCAGCACAAACGUCUUCGUUGACAAAUAGCUCACAAAUAAAUGAACCAGUGAAGAUGCAGAAAGGGGAAAUUUAUGGAAAUUCUCCAAGUUUUUUAGGUGCUACAACAAAUUUGACUAUAUACUCUAAGAACUCGAAUUGUCUGAUCAAUAAUAUGCCUGUCCCUUGGAAUGACACUCAUGUUCCAGUACAAGUGAACAGUUCCAAAUCAAUUCGUACAAGAAGUUCAAGUAUGAAUUCAGAUUAUAUGAGUACAGAAAUUGCUACUUAUAAGAAGAAAUUGAGUACUCAGCUUCUGUCCCAUACAACCAUAAAAGAUGAAGCUCAGAGUAACCUUAACAGAACAGUUAGAUUUUCUAAGUAUACGUUUACAAAGAUGAGAAAUUCUCAGAUUCUUUCCCAGUUCAAUCAAAAUUGUGUAACAGGAAGUAUCUCUGAUACCAAAAUUAUACAGGGAUUGGAGAAAAACAAAACUCCUGUCAACUCAUGUGGAAAGACUGUUCAACAGGAAUCUUUGGUGAAACUUUCUGAAUCUUUGAAACAGCAUUCAAAAGAGGAAGAAGAGAAAAAUAGAAAGUAUUCUCCUGAAGAAAUUCAGAGAAAAAGACAAGAAGCACUAGUUCGAAGAAUGGCCAAAGCACAGGCAUCAUCUGUAAAGGCAGCUCCCACUUAACUUGGAUUUUUUAAGUGAAAUAUUAGUUGGAAGGCUUAACAAAGACAGUUGAUAACUAUCUAUGAUAGAAAAUACUGUUUCUUGAUUUCUCCGUGAGAAAUUUAACAGUUAUAAAGCAUGGACUUCUACUUUAUUUAAUAAAUCAGUGUUGGCAGUGGUCAGUGAAACCUUUCCUUGGAUAUGUAUGUGAAAGUAAUUGCAUGUAAGUUUAGGAAAUUCAGGAGAGCUAACAAUUAUGUGGUAAAAUUAAAUAGAGAAAACUUGUUGUAUUUUUUUAGAUACUGUGAUUGCGGAGGAUCAUCAAAAAAUAGGUUACUUCAUUUUUUUUAUUACAAUACGUCUUUUCCUAAUACAAAGCUUCAACAUUCUAAGUUUAUAGAGACUAUUUUUUUAAAUAGUUUUUACUUUCGGUUACUGUUCCUUAAGGUCUAUACAUUUCUAAAUUUGAAUUAAUACUUUCAUAUUUUUAGGAGCGUGGUUGGUAGGAAAUAAAGGAUUUCAUUUGUUUUGGUAAGGAAAUCACUGUCUUCAAUUCCUAGUCUGAAGUAGAUUUGAAUUUUAAAAUGUGAUGUAUUUUGGAAACUUUACACCAUUUUUAGGGAAAAUGCUGAUUUAAGAAGUUUAAAAGAAAGUGGAUUAGCUGUACAAGAAAUGUAGCAUCAUUAACAUUUAGAACUGUCAGAAGCUUUAGAUAUCAUCUGAUCCAGCUUCUUUAUUGUGUAGGUGAGAAUUGAAUACUGUUUUUCUGAAAGUCACAAGGCAAGUUAAAGCUGUAUUGGGAUUAGAAUGAUUUCUUUCAUUCUAAUGGAUACCUAGACAAUCGUACCAUUUCCUUCUGAGUAUUAGUACAUAAAAUAACUUGUUUGUUGUGGUAUUCAUUAUAGUACAAAACUUAAGAAAAAAGUAACUAAAAGUACAUU